CCGCACAGGCAAGUUACUCCGACAAAUUCUUAAAACUUAAGGCCACACACUACUCAGAGACCUUUACGUGAACAAAAAUCCAUCUGGACAUGAACUUCGAGAUCAUUCUGUUUCUCGUUCACGCAUUAAUCGUGCUAGGGAAGCCCGCUCAUCAAGAUGAAGUUGGCAGCUGUGAUGUUAACUCCAGAUGCAGAUGGGAAUGCGGUUGGCUUGGAAUAGACAAAGAAACCUGCGAGAAGCGCGGCUGCUGCUGGGAUGACAGUGAUCCUUGGGCAAAGUUCUGUUUCGUCAGGAAAUAUAAAAAUCUCCCUGAUGGACUCUGCCCUGUUGCUCCUUCUGAGCGCCAGGAGUGUGGUCAUUAUGGGAUAACAAGGGAUGAAUGUCUGAGUAAAUCAUGCUGUUGGGACCCCACCGUACCUAACGCAAAAUGGUGCUUUAAACAGCCUGUUGAGGAAACGAGAUCUUGUUACAUUUAUCAUGGUGUAUCGGGAACCUGUAAAUACGUGUGUGAUAAGGACGAGAGAAAGAGCUAUGGAAUGGGACAGUGCAAAGGGAGAAUAUGCUGCUUUUAAUUAAAAAGUUAUUUGGGUUGGGCGCACGAGUGGAGAGGAGGCGUUUUGACCGGGCCAAAGUUGUUUCAAUUCUCAAUGUGAAAGCUCAACCAAUUUCGACAGCAGAAUGCCGACUGACCAUAACAAAUGAAUAAACAAUUAAAAAUGAACAAUAUUAUUCUGAGUAUCACCUGGACAAAAACUUCAGGCAUCUCGAACUCAGACAUUUUCGCAUAUGAUUUUGUAAUGUUAAUAUAACUGCUAUGAUAUCUGAUUUAUAAUCAUAAACAUUAUUUGAGCCAAUAGGAAAUUAAACUAUGUAUACUCACCUUUCUUAACAUUCAAUUGGUUCAACUGUUAAGCAUGACUGUAA